AUGGCUAAACGAUCCGCAUCUGGAAUAGCACGUCGCGCAACUGUGUUUUCAUCCAAAGGAGGAUCGGUCGUCUCCGCGUCGCAAGACCAAACUGUGCGUGUCUGCGACAUCUCAGGUCUAAGGAAGAGCACCCCGAACUCGGCACCAGGCGGCACUUUCGAUACUUUCGACACCUUCUCGACCGUCAAGUACGUACUUGAAGGCCAUGACUGCGGUGUCAACUACGCGACGUUCCACCCUACCCUCCCUCUCAUCGUUUCUGCUGCGGACGACCGGCAAAUCAAGAUCUGGCGUAUGAGCGACACGAAGGCCUGGGAGGUCGACGCAUGCAGGGGACACUUCAACAAUGUGUCGACAGCGCUGUUCCAUCCCAAGCAUGAGCUCAUCGUGUCAUGCGGCGAAGACAAGACCGUACGGGUGUGGGACCUGACGAAACGAUCUGCCGUGCAGACAUUCCGACGGGAGAAUGAUCGCUUCUGGACCCUUGCUGCCCAUCCCGAGUUGAACCUCUUCGCAGCGGGCCACGACAACGGCUUGAUCGUCUUCAAGCUUGAGCGUGAGAGACCUGCCUUCGCUGUGCAUGACGACUCUGUCUUCUAUGUGCGGGAUAAGUAUGUACGCUCGUACGACAUCAACACCGGCUCGGAUCUCGGUCUGCUCAGCCGUGCCGUCGUGUUGACGAUUUCGUCGGACAAUGGCUUGUUCGAGCUCACGGCCCUGCCGAAGGAUGCUGUCGGGGAAGUGAAGGACUCGUCUACAGACGGCAAGCGUGGAAGCGGUCAUGCCGCCAUCUUCGUCGCCAGGAACAGAUUCGCGGUCUUGAACAAGACCACCCAGUUGAUUGAAGUGCGCGACCUGCAAAACUCAAUUGUCAAGUCUAUCAAGCCACCGGUCCAGACGAACGAGAUCUUCUAUGGUGGAACCGCGAGCCUCAUUCUCAGCUCGGCGACGUCAGUGCUACUUUACGAUAUCCAACAGCAGAAGAAGCUCGCGGAGAACACUACUCCGCCGGUCAAGUACGUUGUCUGGAGCCCGGACGGUACAUUGGUUGCCCUCCUCAGCAAGCACACGAUCACCAUCGCGAACAAGAACUUCUCGCAGCACACCCUCAUUCACGAAACGAUUCGGAUCAAGUCUGGUGCUUGGGACGACUCCGGCGUCUUCAUCUACUCGAUGUUGAACCACAUCAAGUACUGUCUUGCACAGGGGGAUCACGGCGUCAUCUGCACGCUCGACAAUCCUGUAUACUUAACGCGUGUCAAGGGAAAGACCGUCCACUGCCUUGAUCGAUCUGCACGCCCCAGGACCAUCACCAUCGACCCGACUGAAUACCGAUUCAAACUGGCUCUGUUGCGCAACAAUCAUGAGGAGAUGCUGCACGUCAUCCGCACGUCCAACCUACUGGGUCAGAGUAUCAUCGCGUACCUGCAGCAGAAGGGUUUCCCGGAGAUUGCAUUGCAUUUUGUCCAAGACAAGAACACGCGAUUCGAUCUUGCGAUUGAAUGCGGGAACAUUGAAGUCGCGUCGGAAAUGGCCCGCGCACUCGAUCGACCUGAGUGCUGGGAGCGACUGGCGCAGCAAGCUCUGAAACAGGGCAACCACAAGAUCGUCGAGAAGGCCUUCCAGCAGACGAAGAAUUUCGACCGCCUGUCCUUCUUAUACCUCGCUACGGGAAGUGCCGACAAACUGCUCAAGAUGCAGAAGAUCGCUGAUUCGAGGGGUGAUCCCAAGUCUCGAUUGCACAACGCGCUGUAUUCGGGCGACAUUUUGGGACGCAUCGCUGUGCUGCGAGACGUCGGCCUUCAUCCUCUUGCUUAUCUCACGGCGAAGACAAACGGGCUCGACGACAUUGCUCUGCAGAUCCUCGAGGCUGCUGGCCUCACCGAAGCGGAUGUCGAUGACAUCCCGGCGUUCGGUCCCUCUACGUUGCGACCCCCGCCAGUGGUCACUCCGAUUGAAAACCUGACCUGGCCCUCGGUCUUGAUCGGUGACAGCUUCUGGGACCGUGCACUCGCUAACGGGCAUCUGGAAGACGGUGCGCCGGCACCAUACAUGAACGGUCACGACACGACAGGUGCUACCGCGUCUUCGGCUCUUGAUGAAUGGGCCAAGGAAGAGGAGGAAGAGGAGGAGGCCGAAGUGGAGGAAGAUGCGUGGGACCUCGCCCCCGAUGCUGACGAGCUUGAGCCAGAAGAAGAGGAGGAGGAGGAACUCCCAGAGGAUGAGGUUGAGCUGGGAGCAGGCGCCGCACCUGGUAUCAGCGAGACGGAACUUUGGAUGCGCAACUCACCGUUCGCUGGUGAUCACAUUGCGGCCGGUUCGUUUGACACGGCUAUGCAGUUGCUGAGCAGACAGUUCGGUGUGGUCAACUUCGUGCACCUCAAGCCGCUCUUCCUCUCCACAUAUCGCUCGGCACACGUCUACCUCUCCCCUCUCGCGUCAUUGCCGCCCUUGCAGUUGCAUUUGAGGCGCAACCCGCAAGAAUCGUCUUCUAGCAGAGUGCUGCCUGUCGCUGUCAAAACGCUCGCCGCGUUACGCGCAGAAAUUACCGAGGGGUGCCGACUACUUUCUGGUGCAAAACUGCCGGAAGCGCAGGACACUUUCCGCUCUGUACUACGCGAGCUUCUGCUCAUACCUAUCGCCUCCGACGGGGACGCCAACCUCUGGCGGGACAUGGUCACCAUGUCCAAGGAGUACAUCCUGAGUGUGAGCUUAGAAGUUGAGCGCAGACGUGUCACUAAGGACGAGCUAGACAAUGCUCGGCUCAGCCUGGACUCGGAGCUUGCGGCGUACUUCACGCACUUGCCAUUGGACAUUGGCGUCUUCGCGAAAGCGAACAUCCAUCCCCGUAAGAAAGCAAGGCAAGCUCGCGGUUCCGGCGGCGAGGGCGAGGGCGAGGGCGAGGGCGAUGGCGAUGGCGAUGGCGAUGGCGAGGGCGAGGGCGAGGGCGGUGGCGAUGAAGGAAGUCCAGACAGCGGUAGUGAGCUGGACAUUCGCAUGGAGAGCCCUUCUCCUCCUGCUCGGCCUAAACCUAAGCCGGCUUACAGGCGGUUGAAGAAUCCCGAGCCGGACACGAGGAAGGGAGAUGCCCCGUUGACCGAGGAAGAGCAGCACAUCGCACAAGCUAUCGCCCCAAAGGGCAAGGCUAAAGAAAAGCCUGCGUCGAAGAAGUCGGUAGUCAUUGAAAGCCCGGAGGCCUCGGAGCAGGAGAACGUGUCUGUUCGCUCGGGAUCGGCAGAGAAGGAGGAUAGGUCUAGGCAGGGGGGAAAGGGGAAGGAUGUUGUGCGCGGUAAGAAGAAGGCAUAUGUGGAGAUCAGCGUUACAAGGGGCAAGAAUACGUCCAAGUCCAAGAUAGUCGCUUCAAGUUCGGAAGAUGAGCAAGAUGACGAUGACAAGGUGGACGAGCUCGAAUCAUCGGACGAUGACGGUGGCUCCCGGUUCUCGGUGCAGGGAGCAGAUGAGGACGGCGUGGAUGACUCGGAUGAUGUGGUGGAGAUAUCUACGAAGGACGUGAAGAAACACCGUAAAGGGAAGGGCUCUCAAGUAAAGGCUCGAGCGCGCGUCAAGGCUGCAGACCUGCCCAUUGAUAUCCGUCCACUUGUCACCGCUGCUCAGAACUUCCUCCGGCUUCGCCUUGCACUCAAAAACGCGUGGACCAGCGACUCCUCUGUGGCAAGUUCCCGUCUGCUGGACAACAUGCAGCUCGUCGUCACUGCCUUGAAGGAGGCUCGUGACAUGCGCGACAAGGACGGCAAGAGGGUGAAGAGUAUGCGGGUCACAUAUAAUGAAGUGCAGGAUAAGAAGGGGCACGAGGGAGAUACACUGAGAAAGAAUGUCCAAACAGUGGUCUGGACGGUCGCCUCUCAGUUUCGAUUCGACGUAAAGAAGAAAGCGAAGAGCGUGGUCGAACACGCAUACGGGCUGAACAGCCUGUCGGUUCAGCAACGGAUAUCGCUCGCCCAAUGGCUCCUCAAAACUCACCUGAUGAAGGUCAAGGGUGGCAAGCGUGAGAUCCCUAACUUCGUGUUCAGUGACAUGAGGAUUAUCUGGAACGCGAAGGAUAAGCUAGACAAGGAGAAAUGCUCUGUCAAGUCAGAGCUUCUGUUUAGGCAUCCUGCAAUCUCGGAGAUAAUCGUGCAGCAGUGGUUCCAGGGUCAUGCCACAGGCGUGCCUGUCGACCGCUUCAGCGCGGUCCCAGACAAUCUCAUCGCUUUGGUCUGCAACUCGAUAGAUGCUGCGUUGAGCGAGAUAGCGUUCGGGAAUCAAGUAGUGUUCACCAACAGGGCCUUCGCACCAAAGUGGGACGAUCUUAUGUCAAUACUCGAAGCUACGCAGAAGAACGUGCCCGACUACUACGCUGACAUGAAGAAGCAAUUGUGGGCUCGUAUAAGCUCCAGAAUUGAAGGCGAUGAUGAGGAAGAUUCGGACCAGGACGACGGGGAGGACUUCGUUAAGUGGACGAAGCUCCAGGACAUGGUGCUCGAGGCGCCCACCGCCCCCUCGUCCUCAAACACGGGUCCGGUGUCAUCGUCGAGUACUGCGGCGAAGCCCUCGUCCGCCGGCAAACCUACAUCGUCAAAGGGGAGAACCAGCGGGGCGCAGGCAUCCUCGAGCAAGACGGUUCUUCCAGCUGAGCCUGGUGUGAGCAGCGACGGAGAGCAAGCGGGCACAGAGGGACAGGAGCGCGAGUAUAUGCCUGAUACUCUUAUGUCUUCUAGGGCUGACAUUGCGACACACAGCUGUCUGAACUCCAAGGGUACGACAGCUCAUUUAUCUUCGCUCUGGGCACUCACCUAA